ACCUAUUUCACGAAGUAGCUUCAUUUAUCGAACAAUGGCGUCGGCAUUCGGACGUGUUAUUGUAUAUGGUGGCAAGGGUGCUUUAGGCACCGCUUGUGUUUCGAAAUUUAAAUCAGAAAAUUGGUGGGUUGGUUGCAUUGAUAUGAAACCAAACGAACAAGCUGAUGUAAAUGUAAUCGUGAAACCUGAAAACAACUGGCAAGAACAGGCAGUUGAUAUUUUACAAGAAAUUACAAAUAUUUUGAAUGGGGAUAAAGUAGAUGGAGUGAUUUGUGUGGCUGGUGGAUGGGCUGGUGGAAAUGCUGCCAACAAAGAUUUUAUUAAAAAUAGCGAACUCAUGUGGAAGCAGAGUGUAUGGAGUUCAACCAUUGCUGGUAGUAUUGCUGCACAUCACUUGAAGGAGGGUGGAUUUCUAUCAUUAACUGGUGCAAAAGCAGCAUUGGAGGAUACUCCAGGUAUGAUUGGCUAUGGAAUGGCUAAAGCUGCAGUUCAUCAACUUACAAAGUCCUUAGCAGCCAAAGAAAGUGGUCUUCCAAAAGAUUCUUUAGUCAGUGCUAUUCUACCCAUUACUUUGGAUACACCUAUGAACAGAAAAUGGAUGCCUAAGGCUGAUACAUCUACUUGGACUUCUCUUGAAUUUGUAGCAGACCUCUUCUGGAAGUGGUCUCAAGGUCAAGAUCGUCCUGUUACCGGUAGCCUUGUGCAGCUAAUUACCAAAAAUAACAAAACAGAAUUGAUUACUGCUUAAAAAAAGAAAACUGGAUCUUUGGGAACAAGAACUUCUGGGUGCUUCCAUGACAAUAUACACAUACCUAUUGUAAAUGUUUCAUGUUCGAUGUUGCCUCUUAAUAAUUUAAUCUUACAUUUUUUAAGCAUUUAUAUUUUAUGUUAUAUAUAUAUUAAAACAAUUUAAUACUAUAAAUAUGUAAGGAUAUUUUUGUCAUAAUAUUUACAUCAGUACGGUAUUUAUUUCAGUAUGACAUAUCUGCAACAAUGAAAGUAUAUAACAGGAAGAAACUAUUUUUUUAAAGAUUUUAUAUAUGGUUUUGUGUUUUUCUUUAUACAGAUAUAUAUUUUGUAUAGUAAAAUAAUAAAUACUCUUACAUUCCAGAA